UUCAUUGAUAGAUUUUAAUGUUGAAGACUUUCGUAUCUCUACAACUGAAACGUUUAUCUUCUUGUUCAAUUUGUGACAUGAAUGAAGAAAAAUAAAAAUGUAUGUAUAUAGCAAGUUUUUUUGUAUUUAAUAUCGAGAAAAAAAUAUACAAAACUAUUGUUCCACUAUGUAUAUGGUCGUUUCGGAUGAGCAUGCCAAUUAAACGUGCAAUCAGCUGAUGUUUGCUUUAUUUCGAUGAGGAAUGAAUUCAAAUACAUCGAAAAGGAAAGCAGCACGUACUCGUGGGAUAACAUCUGUUUUGUCUGUGAAUUCCUUGGAACAACACAUACAACAACUGAGCUCAAAACACAUGUAAGAAUGACACAUGCAGACAUGUAUUGGUUUUGUUAUUUGCCGCUUUCCUCGUGCCGUAGAAGCCAGAGUGAGAUAAAUGUAUGUGUCACACAAGAAAACGUGUGUAUGGUUCUAUCAAACCGUAUAUAUUUCAGUUUAGCACUGACAUUUGCCGAAAUUGGUUAAACAGAAGAUCGCUCGUCGCAGUGACUUUAAUCUUACUUCAAAUUUGGUCUUUUAUUCGUUUUUUAUCGUCUUCAAUUUAUUUACUUUCUUGUAAUCGUUGCUUAGCAUGGAAAUGAAUUUGAGUAAGUUGUAAGUGAUAAAUGCAAAAAAUGGAAUCUGGUCGAAGAAAAUUGCAAGAAAAUCCACGACAAUCGGCCGGUUUGCUUUCAAUAAUAUUUUUCGGUUGGUCAAUACCACUCUUCAAGAGAACAUAUGAUAAAUCAUUAGACGCGUGUGAUGCAAGUGAACCACUCAUCGGAGAUCGUUCCAGCGUACUUGGAGACCGAAUUGAAAGAGCAUGGCGAGACGAAUGUAAGAAUAAAACAAAGCCAUCAUUAGUACGAGCAGUUGUGAAGGCAUUCCGGUUUGAAUGUAUUAUCAUGGGAAUUUUAUGUUUUUUAAAUGAUGCUGUCGUUCGAUUAAUUCUUCCAUUUUUAUUAGAACAUCUUUUGUCAUACUUUCGGAAAAACUCGGACAUGUCUCAAAAUGAGGCCCUCAAAUAUGGCACAACUAUUUUCAUCAUCACAGUUGUAGCGGGAAUAAUUAUGCUUCAUUAUUUCUUUUUGGGUUUUUGCUAUGGAAUGCGAGUAAGAGUUGCAAUGUGCAGCCUUAUCUACCGCAAAUCCCUCCUGUUAUCACAACGUGCCUUGAGUGACACAAAUCCCGGAAAACUAGUCAACCUAUUAUCGAAUGAUGUGAGUCGGUUUGACAUAGUGUCAGUUGUACUUCAUUCACUUUGGGUAUCACCGAUAUUUACUGUUGCCGCUACGUACAUCUUAUGGAAGGAGAUCCGUUGGGCGGGCCUCAUUGGGAUUGUAUGCGUUUUCCUCAUUGUGCCGAUUCAGAGUUAUGCUGGGAAACUGUCGGCUGUCAUUCGUUUCAAGACAGCAUUGAGAACCGACGAACGAGUACGAUUCAUGGAUGAGAUCAUUUCUGGCGUACAAGUUAUCAAAAUGUAUAACUGGCAGAGGCCAUUUACAAAACUAAUUUCAACGGCACGUUGCACAGAACUGAAAAUGGUCUUGAAAAACGCUUAUGUGCGAGCGUUAUACAUGACAUUCAACAUAUUUACCACUCGGAUGGCUCUCUUCUGCACUGUUUUAUCGGUCGUUUUAAUGUAUGGCCGCGAAAAAAUUUCGGUUUCACAAAUUUUCAUGAUAUCAUAUUUGUUCAGUUCAAUUUCACAUUCAAUGUGUCAACUAUUUGUUCGAGGUCUUGCCGAAAUGGGUGAAGCACUUGUAUCUUUCAAACGCUUGCAAAUGUUUCUGGAGUAUGAAGAAAAAGACCAAGUUGAUGCAAUCAGUUCAGAACUCAUUGACAAAGACCAAUUGCAGACUAGAAACAUUGCGAUUUUGAUGAAAAAUCUGUCAGCUGGAUGGGUGGACGAUAAAUGUCACUCGAAAAUCAGCAGAAAAGUUGGUUCAUACAAAAGUGUCACCCAAACAAAGCCAAUCGAAUUCAAACCAUUCAAACUUCAAAACAUUGACUUGGAAAUACAAAGAGGCAAGAUAAUCUUUGUUAUCGGUUCUGUUGGAGCCGGAAAAUCCACUCUCUGUUCAGUGCUGUUGAAAGAGCUACCACUGAUUUGCGGUACGAUGGAAAUAAAUGGUCGCGUUUCGUAUGCGACACAAGACAGUUGGAUUUUCAAUUCAAGUAUACAACAAAAUAUUUUGUUUGGUCAACCGAUGAACCGAACUCGGUAUAAUGAGGUAGUCCGAUGUACAGCCUUGGCGAAAGAUUUCAGUCAGUUGGGUGCAGGCGAUAUGACAAUAGUCGGUGAAAAUGGGACGGGACUGUCAGGUGGACAAAAAGCAAGAAUAAAUUUUGCCCGUGCGCUAUAUAGAAAGGCUGAUAUUUAUUUAAUAGAUGAUCCGCUGAGCGCAGUCGAUACGCAUGUACAAUCACACUUAUUCCACAAUUGUAUUGGACCGAAAAGUUUUCUGGCACGUGAAAAUGCUACCAGAAUUCUGAUCACACAUCAAGUGCAUUUUUUGAACGAGGCUGAUUGGAUUAUAGUUCUGAAAAAUGGUAAAUUGGAAAGAAUGUGCAAUUAUGAUGAUAUUUUGAACAGUGGAAUAGAUUUUGCUUGCAUAGUGAAUAAGACGGAGGAAAAGAAUGAGGAAAACUACACCGAAGGAGAUGGAGUAGCGAGAAUACCACGGCCAGAUUCCGAUUCAACACUGGCAAAUAGUAUGACCUCAAAAGUGUCAUUGAACAGUGAAAAAAGCCACACGGAAGAAAUUCGAAAUAAACCUUCAUCAGAUGAAGAAAAUCAAUUGCUGAACAAUCUAGAAGCAUCAUCCAGGAAGAUUAAAGGAUCUCCAAUUAUAAACUAUUUGAAAUCAUCGAACCAAACGUAUACUCUGGUAUUUUUGGUCAUAUCAUUUCUGCUCGUUCAAACCCUGGCAUCCUUUGUUGAUAUUUUCGUAUCGUAUUGGAUACGUAUAGAAGAAAAUCGUACAUUUGAAUCAAAACUUAAGCGCCUUUCAAACGAAUCGAUGAUAUCCCAAAAUGUCACCACGUCAGAUUCUACAUCAAACACAUGGUCAACCGAAACUUAUGCUUAUGCAUAUGGAGGAAUUAUGACGUCAUUAUUCAUAAUCGCUUUGACACGUUCAGUUACUUUUUUUCGAUAUUGUGCGAUACUUUCGCAAAAUUUACAUGACGAAAUGUUUCGCGGCCUCAUUUCAACGCCGAUGCGAUUUUUUGACGUGAAUCCAUCAGGUCGAAUCUUGAAUCGUUUUUCAAAAGACAUGGGAAGCACGGACGAAGCUCUACCGAAAUCACUUUUAGAUGCAGCCCAAAUCAAUUUGUCCAUGAUCGGUGCAAUUUUGAUAACCGUCUACACAAAUGUUAAAUUUUCAAUAGUAAUACUUAUCAUGAGCGUGCUCUUCUUUUUUACCCGUAAAAUAUAUCUGAAAAGUUCAACGCAAAUCAAACGUCUGGAAGGAACAACAAAGUCACCCGUUUUCUCUCACAUUUCGGCGACUCUAAGUGGCCUCUCGACAAUCAGAGCAUUUCAAGCACAGAGUCUUCUGCAAGAAGAAUACGAAAACCACCAAGAUUUGAAUUCGGGCGCGUGGUUUAUGUACAUAGGAACCUCGUCGGGCUUUGGAAUGGCUCUAGAUCUCAUGGUGUAUAUUUUUAUCGGUUGUGUUAUUUACUAUUUUGUUUUAAUCAAAGAAGGUGUAACAGGUGAUCGAGUCGGAUUGGCAAUUACACAAUCACUCACUCUAACAGGACUGUUGCAAUGGGGCGUAAGACAAAGUGCCGAAGUCACAAACAAUUUGAUGUCUGUUGAACGAAUACUGGAAUACGCUGAACUAGAACCUGAGAAGCAGCCUGAAAUACCGCAAAAUGUUUCAACUGAUUGGCCAAAACAGGGAAAAAUCGAAUUUAAACAAGUCUUCUAUCGGUAUUCGGAUGUAGCGGAACCAGUUUUACGCGGUUUGUCAUUCAUGGUGAAGCCAAAAGAGAAAGUCAGUGUUGUUGGCAGAACUGGUGCUGGCAAGAGCUCAUUGGUAGGAGCUCUAUUUCGUUUGGCUCAUGUUGAUGGGGCCAUACUGAUCGAUGAUGUAAACACGGCGUGCAUUGAUUUGAAUGUAUUGCGAUCGAGGAUUUCAAUAAUACCGCAAGAGCCAACACUUUUUUCUGGCACAUUACGGAGAAAUUUAGACCCGUUUGAAGAGUAUACUGACGAAGACAUUUGGAAUGCCCUGGAAAAUGUUGGAAUGAAAGAGUUCAUUGUUGAAGGGAAUUCCGGGCUGGAGAUGCCAGUUCUAGCACGUGGACAAAAUUUUAGCACAGGUCAAAGACAGAUUCUGUGUUUAGCUCGUGCAAUUUUAAGAAAAAAUCAUAUCAUAAUACUCGAUGAAGCCACGGCCAACGUGGAUCUUCGAACGGAUGAAAUGAUCCAACGAACGAUUAGAGAAAAGUUUGUUAAUUCAACGGUUAUAACUGUAGCUCAUAGACUGUAUACUGUUAUUGACUCCAAUCGUGUGCUAGUUAUGGAUGCUGGUGUUGCCGUGGAAUUUGACGAACCCUUUAUAUUACUACAAAAUAGAGAAGGCGUAUUUCAUAAAAUGGUUGAAGCCCUGGGACCGCAAGAAUAUGAUCGAUUGUUACAAAUAGCCAAAGACAUAUAUAAAAACGCAAGGAAUUCAUAGAUUUUCUCCUUCUAGACAUAUUUUUAUUGGACGAACAUUUUGUUUACGAAUUUCAAUUUUUUUUUCUUCUGUGCAACGAAUUGAUAAUGAUUUUGUACUGUAAGUUAAGAAACACAUCGACCAAUUAAAGUAAUUUUUUGAUGAUACAAACAAA